AUGCAGUUUCCCAUGGGCCCCGCCUGCAUCUUCUUGAGGAAAGGCAUCGCCGAGAAACAGCGGGAAAGACCCCUGGGACAAGAUGAGAUCGAAGAGCUUCGGGAAGCAUUUCUUGAGUUCGACAAGGACAGAGAUGGGUUCAUCUCCUGUAAAGAUUUGGGGAAUCUCAUGAGGACGAUGGGUUAUAUGCCCACAGAGAUGGAGCUCAUUGAACUGGGCCAACAAAUCCGCAUGAACUUGGGUGGCCGUGUCGACUUUGAUGAUUUUGUGGAGCUGAUGACGCCCAAACUGCUGGCUGAAACAGCAGGGAUGAUCGGUGUCCAGGAGAUGAGAGAUGCCUUCAAGGAAUUUGACGCCAAUGGAGAUGGAGAGAUCACCCUCGGGGAGCUGCAGCAGGCCAUGCAGAGGCUCCUGGGAGAGAAGCUCACACCCCGUGAGAUCUCGGAGGUUGUGCAGGAGGCCGAUGUGAACGGAGAUGGUACCGUCGACUUUGAAGAGUUUGUGAAGAUGAUGUCUCGCUGAGAAGGUUCCAGAAUCCCCAUACCCCCCUCCCUGGCCAACAUGGAUCAAACAUUUGCUGAGGACUGAAUCCCCCUGGGCCCUUCCAGGAGAGAGGGUGGGAGGGUGCAUGGUGAUGGACCCUGCAGAGAGAGCAUGAGCUGAGGUUAGCCUG